CGAAAGGGAACACUGUGCCGGCAGAGUUCCAAGGCCGGUAGCCGGGCUAGGGGCUCAAAAAGGCCAGCUCCGCGACUGGUGAAGAGCAUUCCUAUGACCUUUCGAUCAUGCUACUAUGCAUCUGCCAAGCUUCAACCGAGCUGUGAGCAUGGUUCCGCCCUCCAUGCUGUUCCACGCGACAUACCACCUUCAUCAUCAAUGCCUGUUUAUCAAUGCCGCUGACGUUGGACGGUAUCUGGGCAAGCUCUUUUGCAGCUGGCAUGCACAAAACAUCUGGUCAGUCUCGUAUCUCUCGCGCCGAACGUGUACGCCGAAAACUUUCUGAGGGGUGCUUUUGUGAGAUUAGCACCCUGGCCGUGUCCGGAUCUACCGAGCUGCUUGUUGUAUACGAGCAGGUGAAUAACAGUAGGUAGAUAGGCGAGGCAGGGUGCUACAUUUACUGAAAUACGCAUCAUCCCUUCUCUCAUUAAGCUCCAGUCUUCCACAUGGAGUUUUCCCUUGGCCAGGCUUCUCACUACGAACUGCUGUUAAUUCCACCUGGCAGGACGCUGUUGGAAUGGCUGGAAUCGUGCCGGCCGGUAACUUGGCCGGUGCUGAUCCCAGAACGAGUUCUGAGGUUGAUAACAUUGUAACUCGACGAGAUUCCAUCGUGAAGGACACGGCGCCACCAGAGACACAUGGUCACAACACCAUCUAUCUUGACAGCAGCAUCACUUUUGAGGCCUACGACUUCUAUGCUGCUCGCGCUCGUGAAGCAGAGAAACACUUCGCCACUGAAAACUUCGUCAAGCAAGUCAGCAAAGUCCUUGUUGGCAAGAAAGUCGCCAAGGAGCAGCAACCUAUCGAUGAAUAUCCAACUGGCACCUCAGAAAACGAUCCCAAGCACGAGUCGGCAUCUCCUCCAAGCAAUGGAUCUGAUACGGCUCCCGGCGAAGACCGCUUUGGAGUGACUGAGACAGAGUGGGAGCAAGCGCAGAGAGCCACAAGAACUGUAACAUGGGUCACCAUCUUUUACCUGAUCACCACCGACAUCCUUGGACCUUAUAACGUUCCGUGGGCGAUCUCGCGGAUGGGGUAUGGCCCAGGCCUCGCGCUCUACCUCGUAUUUGGACUGAUGGCUUUCUACUCCGGUCUUCAGCUCUGGAAGAUGUUCAUUGGGCUUGACUCUCCUCGCUAUCCAAUGCGUAACUUUGGCGACCUUGGCUUCCGUGUCUACGGCGGAUGGGCCAGACAGCUUGUCAACGUGCUUCAGUCAUGCCAAUUCUUCCUAAACGUGACAUUACUUAUUGAGAGCAGUGGUCAAGGUCUUCAGCAGAUGGCUGCGGGCAAGAAUGGCAAAGGAGUUCUUUGCUUCGUUGCGGCAGAGGUCAUUUUCAUGGUUUGUGGUUUCAUUUUUGGACAAGUCAGAACACUCCAGCGACUUGGCUUCCUAGCCAAUCUUGCGGUCUGGUUGAACGUCUUUGUGAUCUUGAUGACCAUGGGAGUCGUGCCCAGCUUUGGACCCAACUACGACGCAUCCUUCGCAACAUACAAGACUCCGCCAAAUCAACCAGUACGAACCAGCGCAAACUGGCCAGAAGGGACCACAUUGAAGGACCGCAUCAACGGUCUCAUGAACUGCGUUUUCGCCUACGGAGGUGCAACCCUGUUCAACGAACUUAUGGCCGAGAUGCGAAGACCGAUGGACUUCUGGAAAGGGUUAAUUUGCGCAGACAUCUUCAUCUUCAGCAUCUACAUCACCAUAGGAAUGGUCGUCUAUUCUUACCAAGGACAGUACACUUUCAACCCGGCAUACCAGGGCAUUCCAAACUCUGCCUAUGCUUGGCAGACUGUGGGCAACGCAAUCUCCUUUGUCUCUGGUCUGAUUGCCGCACUGCUUUACGGCAACAUUGGUGUCAAGGUCUUCUACGCCGCCGUCUUGCGCGAUGUCUUCCGAUUCCCACCUCUGGAUGAGAGGAAAGGCAAAAUCGUCUGGAUUGCACUGGUUCCAAUUUACUGGGGACUCGCCUUCAUCGUCGCUGCAUCGAUCCCACAGAUAAGCUAUUUGAUAUCAUUCGUCGGAGCUGCAUUCAUACUAGAGUUCAGCUACGUCUUCCCGCCGCUCUUCAUGGUUGGCUACAACGUUCAGAAGGAUGCAAUGCUGCCAGAAGAACACUUCGAUCCAGCAACAGGCCAAGCCACGCGUGUCGACAGUGGAUUUAAGCGCUGGCUCCGAGGAUACAUGAAGAAGCCGUUCCUCAAUACUUUUGAUAUUUUAUAUCUCAUCGGCGCGCUGGCGACUUCAGGUCUGGGUAUUUAUGCUUCUGUCUUGUCGAUGCAUGAGUCUUUCCAGACUACGGAUUUGACGCCCUUCACUUGCAAUUCCCCGACCGGUUAAGUAAGGUGAGUGUCGAGUUGUGGGGCUAAUGGUGGUGAGGAUAUUGUUACGAAGCGCCUUAGCUUGUGAAUACCUAUUGAUUUAGGUCCCCACUCACGCACUGUAGUCACAUGCUUAUGAACACUAUAAACACGGGUCUGUCCUUUAGCAGGCGUAUGAAGUUACUAUAAACACAAGCAUAUAUACUAUAAGC